UACAAUCAUCAACCAAAAAGAAUCAAACCUUAAACACCUAAGAACUUUGAAGAAGAAAAAAUGACAAAGAUCUGCUCUCUUUUGGUCGCAGUGAUCUUCUCCAUGACGAUCAGCUCAGUUUCUGCUGGUUGGUUAAAGGCUCAUGCUACCUUCUAUGGCGGAAGUGAUGCUUCUGGUACAAUGGGUGGAGCUUGUGGUUAUGGAAACCUAUACACAGACGGUUACAAGACAAACACAGCGGCGUUAAGCACAGCACUGUUCAACGACGGCAAGUCAUGUGGUGGAUGUUACCAGAUCGUCUGCGACUCGACCAAAGUGCCACAAUGGUGUCUUAAAGGCAGAUCAAUCACAAUCACUGCCACAAACUUCUGUCCACCAAACUUUGCACAGGCAAGCGACAAUGGAGGAUGGUGCAACCCACCGAGACCUCACUUCGACAUGGCUCAGCCUGCGUUUCUCACCAUCGCCAAGUACAAAGCUGGAAUCGUCCCCAUUCUUUACAAAAGAGUUGGAUGCAGACGUAGCGGAGGGAUGAGAUUUACGAUGAACGGUAGGAACUAUUUCGAGCUUGUUCUCAUCUCAAACGUAGCAGGAGCUGGUGAGAUCUCUAAAGUUUGGAUCAAAGGAUCUAAGAGUAACAAGUGGGAGACAAUGUCAAGAAACUGGGGUGCUAAUUUUCAAAGCAACACUUACCUUAAUGGUCAAUCUCUAUCUUUCAAAGUUCAACUCAGCAAUGGAAGAAUCAAAGCAGCUCUUAACGUUGUUCCUUCGAACUGGCGGUUUGGUCAGAGUUUCAAGAGCAACAUCAACUUCUGAUAUCAAUAAUACUAACUAGGCCUAUACCUGGUUUAUGGGGUUUUUUUUAUCCAUGUUUUGUAACUUUUGUAUUUACUUUUCAUUGGGUGUUUUUGGCUUCCUCUGUUGCAUCAUCAUCGUCUGCCAUAAGUCGCUCGUUUUACAGCCUUAUGAUAUAGUCUUGCUCCAGAGAGUUUAUAAUCUGGAGAAGAUUUAAGCAGUGAUGAUUGUAUUUGUACAUUAAAGGAAGAAGAUGUUUUACUCUAUUAUAUAUAAAGGACAUUUUAAAACUA